AUGACGAAACAGUCUGUGGUGAGUCCUGUAGAGCUGCGAGACGCUGCGCUUACAAUUGUUAAGCGCUACAAGCAGGCUCCGCAACGCCGGCUGCUCGUUGGCAUCGCUGGCCGUCCAGGAAGUGGAAAGACGACCAUCGCAGAGGUCCUCGCGGAUGAGGUGCGCACAAUGCUCCGCACGCUCUCCGACGACCCCCGCGACCACGCAGAGAAGGCGGUCGUGACGAUGCCAAUGGAUGGCUACCACUACUACCGCAAGGAGCUGCGUGCGAUGCCAAACGGCCCAGAGGCGGUGGAGCGGCGUGGGGCGGAGUGGACGUUUGACCCACGCAAAUUAUGCAAGGACCUACAGGCCAUUCGCCUGCCGGCUGCAACGGCGGAAACGACAGGGUUACCUCUGUACAAUGAAGUCCGGGUGCCAACCUUUGACCACAGUGUGGGGGAUCCGAAGGAAGAGGACAUCUGCAUCUCUGGAGACACGGCCAUUGUGAUUGCGGAGGGGAAUUACCUCCUCUACCGCGGAACACCGACGUGGGCGGAGGUGAACCGCUGCUUCGACAUUGGCGUGUUUCUGGACUGCCCAGCAGAUCAGGCUACGUGGCGGAUAUGUCGGCGGCACAUGGUAUCAUUUAAACUCAACCAGGAAAGUGCGAUGAUGCGGGCUACAGGGUCAGACGCCACGAAUGGCGACCUCGUGGAUACGACGAAGAAAAACGCGGAUAUUGUGUUACAUUCCAUUGAAUGUAAACUGUAA